GGGACUUUCUCUGUGGUCGUGCGUCUCUAUGGUUGCCAGGUGUGGUUGCCUUCGUGCUCGCCCCUCCUACCUGGCCGAGCAGCCGACGCUGCGCAUGCGCGCGAGGCCGCUGUGCCAUAGCAACCGGAGCGUUAACGGUAGCAACGGCAAUGGCGAAAGCAACAACUAUCAAAGAAGCUCUAGCCAAAUGGGAAGAAAAAACUGGACAGAAGGCUUCAGAGGCAAAGGAGGUGAAACUCUAUGGCCAGAUUCCUCCUGUAGAGAGGAUGGAUGAAUCUCUCUCCAUGCUUGUUAACUGCGAGAAGCUGUCAUUGUCUACAAACUGCAUUGAAAGAAUUGCCAACUUGAACAGCCUAAAAAAUUUGAGAAUUCUGUCUUUGGGAAGAAAUAACAUAAAGAACUUGAAUGGAUUGAAGGUACUUGGAUUAUGGUUCUUUACUACAAAUAUUGGCAAUCAUGUGAACACAUGGUUCAUGAGUGACGCUUUUUACAGAAUGUCUCUCUUCAAGGCUGUUCCCACCUUCAGAGAUGCCAUAUCCCUUAAGCGUGAAAUGUACAGUCAAUGUGUAAUGGAGGCAGUUGCAGAUACUUUAGAGGAGCUGUGGAUUUCGUACAACUUCAUUGAGAAGCUGAGGGGGAUCCGUGUAAUGAAGAAGCUGAAGGUUCUCUAUAUGUCAAAUAAUUUGGUGAAAGACUGGGCAGAGUUUGUGAGACUGGCAGAGUUGCCAUUACUAGAGGAUCUGGUGUUUGUAGGCAAUCCACUACAAGAGAAAUACGCCUCUGAUCAGAAGAACAGUUGGAUUGAAGAAGCAAGCAAACGAGUGCCCAAGCUGAAAAAGCUAGAUGGUAUCCUAGUUAUUAAACAAGAAGAUGAAGAAGAAGGAGGAAACUGAUAAAGCUUUCUUGUUGGGUAUUUAAUUAUUUAAGUAUCUCCAGAAUGCCUCAGUACAUAGAACUUUUAUAUACGUUUGUUUUGAAGAAAAUCUUUGGGCAACUUUUAAAAGACUAGCUUAUCUCCACAGUCUCUCACCUGAAGAAUUGUUCAGUACAUAGAACUUUUAUAUACAUGUUUGUUUUGAAGAAAAUCUUUGGGCAACUUUUAAAAGACUAGCUUAUCUCCACAGUCUCUCACCUGAAGAAUUGUUUUCCAAAAUCUGGGCACACCAGUUUGUUAAUCUCAUGUCACCUUCUGGAGAGACCAGUGGAACUGAGUUUAUCUGCUGUUUGACUAACAAGAGAUCUUUAUCUAAUAUAAUACAUAGCUAUUUUAAAUCCCUGAUUAGUGAUGCUUGUUGUUCAUUCUUGGGUUAUAAUAGAACAGUUUUAGCUUGUUAAGUACAGCUGACCAACAUUAUUAUUUGAAACACUGAGGCCAAAAGAACAGCACUGUGUUUUAGAAAGACUUUACAGGCUUUAUUCCGUUUAAUUUUGUUGUGGGAGUCCCUUAGUAUUUUCAAUACGUGAGUUUGCCUUGUCUGCUCCUUAACUGUUAUGCCAAGUAGGCCCUGUAGUUGUGGACUUGCACAGAAAAUAGGUAUUGGUCUGAUGAUCUCUUGUUACUGGCCUUAAGUCUUGAAUUGGUUUUCUUGCAUUGAACUCUUAACUUCAUUACUUAGAAGGCCACAUAUAACUUCUUACAUAUUUAUUUAUUUUAAAGAAGCAAAAGCACCUUUUUACGUGGUUUCAGGUGAGACUAAAAUAUUUGCUAGUUUUUUCUUUGUCUUUUAUAAGAUGCUAUUUUAGAUUGGAAUAUGUAGACUGUUAGCCUGCAGCUGGUUCCUGGUUUCUUUUUGGCUGAUUGAGGGACGCGAUCCUUCUCAGCUCUGGAAUUUUCAUAUUACUAAGUAGGCUAAUAAUCAGAAACAAACAGUGAACAAAAGACCUGACUUUGAGGAUAUAAAAUUUUGGUUGUGAGGAUACUUGGUUUUUUUCCUAAAGCACAGAUUUAAGCAGUGUGUGAAAGGUUUAUGUAGUUAGUGACGAAGGUAAGAUGAGGUGGGAAGUAGGCACUGGAAAAUAAAUAUUGAAGUGCUAAAUGUGCUGAAUUGGAAGGAAAACAGUUCUGUAAAGUCCCCAUAUGUGACAGGUAACUGUUUUGUAGUGAAAAGCAUUAAGUACUGAUGAAGACAUGUACCUGAUUGCACUACUGGGGGCCAGUAGUGACUUUUUUCCUCCCCUCUUUAGAGAACAGAUCAAGUGACCUGCAUAGAUUUUUCUGCAGCUUGUUUUUUUUUAAGCUUUUCUUCUUAUUCUUGGUGCCAUCUUUGUUUAAAUUAUAAUGGCAACGAGUCUAUUUGCUGGUUCCAGAACUGAUGUAGAAGGGAUGGAGGCAGAAAUCGACUUUUAAUUAUUUUGUUUGUGGAGGUGUGGCGGGGGUCAAGAUUGUGGAAGCCACUGUACAAGAAGAGAACGGUUACGUUGGCCCAGGCAACAGUAGUAUUCAGCUCUUUUUGUGAUGUGCAGGAAUACUAAAGCUCCAGGUCUAAUUGUAAUAGAUGAUGAUUCUAGCGCUGAUCAAUUUCUAAGUGAACAGUAUGAAGUAGAAGCUUACAAGCAAAUAAUUAUAGUUCUGUUUCAAUAUAUUCUUUCUAGUUAUUCUUUUCAUUGUUAGGGCAAUUCUUAGGCAUUCCAACUGAAAUUGGCAAUUGCAGGUAAGACUUAAAUUCGAUUUAGGUCCAUUUUGUGAAAUAAUGUCAGAAGAGCAGUGGCAAAAGCUUUAGACAUUCUGAACAAGCUAUUUCCAGACAGCCGUUUAUCCUGACCAGAAAGCUGUCUGUUUCUUAAUUAGCUCACUGGAUUUAUCUUAUGGACAACUUUAUACCCAUAUGUAGUUUCUUUUUAGAAUUAUUUUCCUGGCUUUAUCACUAUUAAAGUCACCAUUGACCAAGAAGCAUGAUGGGAGACAGAAUAUAUAGCUAGUCAACACCCAGGUCAUAUUGGCUUCUUUCAAAACUAAUCCAUUCGGUUGACUUGCAGCCAACCACUUUUGGAAAAGUGGAUGUGCUUCAAGCACAUGCAUAAUGCAGUGCUUAUGACAAACUCAGUCUCUACUGACACCAUCUUCUGUGUUAGAGCAAUGGGGAAUUGGCUUGUGCUCCCGACUACUGUAAUUAAAGUGCGUUUAAAAUGAGCCAGAACUUGAGUGGAAAGAAACUUGACUUCUGACUAUUGCCAGCAAAUGGAAAUGCCAAAUUCAUAUACGCAGUUGGGAGAAGUUUUCAGAAUUGAAUAUUCAGUGCUCUUGUCAUGGAGUAUGGAUGGCCACAAGCAAUGUAGCUGUUUUCUCAUAUCAAGAUUUCUACAGUUAUGGUACGUAUGGCUAAGUUAGCUCCUUGAAUGAAAUAAGACAGGGGUGUGGAUAUGAGAGAGCAGUCUAAUGCCAUGUAUAAUCCUACUGGUGGACUUUUAAUAUCUAAAUAUGGUCUAAAUACUGUACAUUUAUGAAGGCAGAGUUAGAUACAGAAAAUACUCUAUUUUGUGACGUUCUGAGACCAGAAUAUGAAGUUGGGACUAUGUGGUGAUACUUUGAACAAACCAUGGCUCCACUGAUGAGACUUGGACAACAAAAGUACGGUUCCGGCUCUUGUAAGUGACAAAUGCAGUCUAUACAUACGGUAAUUAUUCCAAGAAAACUUUGGCAAUUGUUAGUUGGUAAAGCUGGCUUCAUUCUGUGGCCCAUUGUCAACAGCUCUUUUCACAGAUUAACAGCACAAAUUCUCUAGCUCUUCUUCAGAGCAGCAUUAUAAAUACCACAAAAAUUCACAACUAAAGGAAUGGGGCAUCUAGUUAAAACAGCAGUAAGGUAUGCUGUAAGUAUAAGAAGGUUUUCUGUUCCCUUUUGUCCUUCAUGCAGUGAUAACUUCCAGCAUGUAAUUUAAACACUUCUGAUAAAAACUGUCAGUCUCAAUAGAAACAAUAUGGUAAGAAAAAGUAGACCAUGGAACUCAGAUAGCUGUCAGAGACUCCAGCUUAGAGCUGGGUGGAAGUUUCAGCUUAAUUUUGCUUUGCCCGAUGAAUCAUGGUUGCUUUCAUGAACAAAUCAAAAAACCCCUGAACUUUUUCUCCUCCAAAAUCAGUAGUUUUUCAUACAUUUUAAGAUUUGCACUUUAAAAUUAUGCAGUGGAUGUGGUAGAAGAUAUAUAUAUAUAUAUAUAUACACACAGAUGUAGAGAGAAAGCAGCUGAUUUGCAUAUUGAUGGUGUUACACCAUGUCAUUUAGAAGCUAACAGCGAAGAUUGGAGGCUGACUCAAAGAACUGUCUUUCUGUAGUACUCUGAUCAUCAAUAUCUCACCACAUCCAUUAAAAUAGUAAGCACAUUUUUAUUCAUGGAUGAAAAGAACACCCAUGUAAAACUCUCAAGCCAUGUGGAAUACUGCUUUUCCCACUAGAAUUAUGGAGGAUUAGCAUCCACUUUAUUCCUUAGAACAAUUUCCUAAAAUAAUAUUAGUAAUAGAGAAAUAGGUAUUUUACUUGCUUGCUAGCACAUUUACCUGUCUUAAAAGAGCUGGUGUGUGGAGUGAUAUAUAUUGAAAACUGUUGGAAAAAUGUGAGAAGGGACCUGAGAGCUGGCAGUUCUUCCUGUCUACUUAUAGAUCACUCAGGUUACACUAGAAGUAGCCUCAGCUAAAAAAAAAAAAAAUCUUCAAGCAAGAGAGCACUUUUAACAUCUGCUUUGGUUAUCUUUUCUAUACAGUGAUUUUGUAGCAUGACCAAAUUGUUUAAUUUGCUGUGUUUAAAUUAUUUAGGCCUAUGUUUAUAAAUGUUGUUCAGUGAAAUGUGUUAAAAAAUUAUAGAAUGUUAUUUUAUACAAAAAAUUUUGGCUGUUGUGUAACAAAAUAGUUCAGCUUGUGGACAGCUUUCAGAAAUUAAAUUUUGUUCUCAUUAAACUUUCCUAGCUGCUCAGGGAGCAACGUAUUUAUAGUAUGUAAAUACUGUUCCUUUUUGCAUCUAUAUUUUAGGAUAGGAAAUGACUUAGGCUUUAAAAAUGUUGAUAUAUUGUGAUUGUUGUCAUCUGAGACAUAAAUAUUUUUCAAUAUUUUAAGUAA